UAAACUAUAAAAAGUGGCUGAGGACACAGCACUAAUGUAUAGUUCUGGACUAGACACUGGCUUACAAAGUCAAGCUUCUACCGGAAAAUGAAAUUCAUAGUAUUGAUUGGUUUGAUUUGCGCCGUACUGGCGACAAUGUUGUCUUCAGCAAAUGCUCAAAUGCCGCAAAGACCACAAAUGCCUGGUGGCGGUAAGAGUCUAACCGGUCGCUUCCGUCGCGCAGCACAAGGCGGUGGCGGCGGUGCUGGAGGUGGCGCUGGUGCUAGUGGCGGAAUAGGAUUUGGUAUGGGUGCUAAUAUGGGCGGAGGAGCACAAGGUCAGGGUCAGGGUGGUCAUUAAUGGAGCAUAUAACUAUAUAUUUUAUGCAAUUUGUAGAUAUUUAAAGCAAUAAAACAGAGCAGCGCAGAAACAAUUAA